GUCUCAUCCCACAACCCACACAGUAAGUCGGUUCAACGUGCUACUGCAUCUCAUUCAAUCCACUACCAGAAUAAAUUACAUUACAUGCAAGCCCACAGUGGCCCUAUUCCCGAUUUAAAGAUUCGAUCCUCAUAAUGGCCUCUCUUAAAGGUCCCGGCGCUCCCCAAAAGCACGAUGGCUCCGACCUGCGCAUCGCCAUCGUCCACGCUCGAUGGAACACUACCAUUAUUGAUGCCCUGAUUGCUGGCGCAAAAAAGGCCAUGUUGGCCUCGGGGGUAAAAGAGGAGAAUAUUGUGAUGGAAUCAGUGCCAGGCUCUUACGAGUUGCCGUUGGCUGCACAAAAGAUUUAUGCCGCUUCGCAAAUACAGAGUACCACAAGUGCGAUCGCCGGAGGUGUGGGAAGCCUUGCAAGUGGUAUUGGUGAUCUACUUGGGGGCAGCAACUCAACUACAGAUCUCCAAGGAAGUUUGCAGCCUGCACCACCUCAAGAGGAAGGACCAAGGGGAUCAAGACAGGCGUUUGACGCAGUCAUCGCAAUUGGUGUUCUCAUCAAGGGUGAAACAAUGCACUUUGAAUAUAUCGCCGACGCUGUCAGCCAUGGGCUUAUGAAGGUUCAGCUCGACACAGGAAUUCCGCUGAUCUUCGGUCUGUUGACCGUGCUCACCGAGGGACAGGGCCUUGCAAGAGCAGGUCUCGACGGAGGGACUGGCAAAGAAGCUAAAGGGCACAACCACGGUGAAGACUGGGGAAAUGCUGCGGUCGAGCUUGGAGUCAAGAGACGAGGCUGGAUUCAAGGUCAAAUUGGAGGCUCAUAACCACUCCUUACUCAAAAAUUUACCAGGUAGAACGCAAUGAGCAUAGAUCUUGCUUGAUCCAGGAGAACGCAACAAACCAGCAGAUGCUUCGAGGCAGAUGCAGGCUGAAAGGCUUGAAUUUCGCCCAAUUCUGAAACCCCUGCCUGACCAGGUCAGACUCCAAAUAAUGCUACAGUGCCGACUUUGCUAAACAAGACAGAAUCACUCCUGCA